CAUAGAGAAUUGGAGAAGAAUGAAGGUAGACCUUUAACGGCCAGACCGAACAUGUCAGGGUGGGAUGUGAAAACGGAUUACCGAGAUGUACCAAGAAGAACCAAGUUACACAAUACCAAGACUUCUGACAACUUGGAUGCACCCUGUUCCAGAUUUAAGAAGUCCAGCUACUGUCAUCUUUAUGGGCAAGAGUUUACAAGCACUAGUUCCUUAUCCUCAGGUCACAGUUCUAAGAGUCGAGAUCAAGAAGGAAGUUAUUAUUCUAGGGAGACUGACCAAGAGAACAGUGGUUGGAGACGUUCGGAAAUGCAGUUGAGCGUGAGUGGAGAAGGAGGAUGGAGUGGAGACACUGGAUGGAGUGAGGAGGAUUACUGCUCCUGCCAGAACAGCGUAGACGAAUUGAAAACUGUUGGACGCCCAGAUACAUGGUACAGGUAUAAUGGUGGCGAAACCAAUCAUUCAUCACGUAGCAGCUCUGAACACCUAUCUCUACUGUUUGGAAACCAUAAUGACUCCCCAUCUAGUUCAUCCAGUGUUGUAGAUUGGAGGCAUCCUAAGAAUCAAAUUGUCAGUGACAUUGGCUGUGACUGCACAUCAAAUUGUUUGUACUCCCGGAGUUCUGGAUACCACACCAUGGACGCAUAUGCCGAUGAAUCGUGUUGCGGGCCAUCCCAAAGCCUUAGUUGUUCAACUGUUGGAAUGACAGACUAUGAUGAUGGUUGCCAAAAUCUACACUCCUCUUGCGAGCAUUGCCUCUGUGAUAUGGAUUCUGAGAAAGACUGGCCUGAAGGGGUUUGCCCAGAUGUGUCUGAGGAUCAGUAUGACCCAGAUUACUCUGAAAAUACGGAUACUGAAGAGUCGCAGCCACCUAAUCUAGGCUAUGAUGUUGUAAAGAUAAGUAAAGCCAUGCUGACCUUCCAUUCCACUCUAAGGGGAGCCUUGACAGAGCUUUAUACACCUGAACCGCAGUGUCCCAAGUCCCAAGUAAUCCCAAGUACCUACAAAUCCAAUGACCUUGAGGAGGAUAGCACCACAUUUGGUGAAUCAAAUGUAGAGACUGUUGUACCUAUUGAUGGCGCAACUUCAGAUGUGUCUCCUCAAAAAGGCAUCGAAGCCUCUUUUCAUGGGAAGGAAUUGCAGGAAUUACAUACUGCAACUGAAUACUAUGCAGCAGACCACUCAGAUACUGUAGAGGAACCUCUAACAGAUCAGAAGCUUUCCAAUCUGCAGUGUAUUCCAGAGCUUAGCCCAAAACAUGUGGAUCUGAGUUCAGGGAUUGUUGAUUCUUGUGCUCAACAAAUGGCAUUUGGCUCAGGUAAUAUGGAAAUAAGUCCAGAGGGCACCAAUUCAGGAACACUAGAGACAGAUGUUAAUGCAAAACAGGCGGAGCAUAGUCUUGACAAUGAACCUGCCCUUGAAGACCCUCACCACCAGAAGUACCUUGCCAAUAUUCAACGUGUGCUCAAAGAGAAGAGCCAUCGGCAUAGAUUAUCCAGGAUUGCCAAUGCCUCAAAGGAAACUUUCUCUGAAGAGGAAUUUAAACGAGAGGGAAGCAGGGAAGAUGAUCAGGGCAAAGAAAAUGGAGAUAAUUCAAGACAUGCUUGGAUUAAAGCUGGAAAUGGGAGUGGAAUAUUUGGAAUUGACAGUAUGCCAGACCUGCGCAAGAAAAAAGCUAUUCCUCUGGUUAGCGAUGUGGAACAUGAAUGCCACAACUCCUCUGAUCGCAUCAAAGUUCGUGUUUGGGAUGAAGAUGACGACAUAAAGUCGCGAGUGAAGCAGCGCUUGAAGAGGGAAUCUGAUGACUUCCUGGGCCAAAGCAUCAUUGAGGUUCGCACGCUGAGUGGAGAAAUGGACGUCUGGUACAACCUCGAGAAAAGAACGGACAAGUCUGCUGUUUCUGGUGCCAUCCGUCUUCGGAUCAGUGUGGAAAUUAAGGGUGAAGAGAAAGUGGCCCCCUACCACGUCCAGUACACCUGUCUACAUGAGAACCUCUUUCAUCACAUCACAGAUGUCCUCGGUCAGGGUGUGGUGAAAAUCCCAGAAGCCUGUGGCGAUGAUGCCUGGAAGGUUUUCUUUGACGAUGUGCCGCAAGAGAUAGUGGAUGAAUUUGCGAUGCGCUAUGGGAUUGAAUCCAUCUACCAGGCCAUGACGCACUUUGCAUGUCUCUCAUCUAAGUAUAUGUGUCCCGGGGUCCCUGCUGUGAUGAGCACCCUGCUGGCCAACAUCAACGCCUACUACGCCCACACCACUGCAUCCACCAAUGUCUCCGCUAGCGACAGAUUUGCUGCAUCCAACUUUGGGAAAGAAAGGUUUGUCAAGCUCUUGGAUCAGCUGCACAAUUCCCUGCGCAUUGACCUCUCAAUGUAUCGAAACAACUUCCCUGCGAGCAGUAAGGAACGUUUACAGGACCUUAAAUCUACAGUGGACCUCCUGACCAGCAUCACUUUCUUCAGAAUGAAGGUCCAGGAACUGCAGAGUCCGCCGAGAGCUAGUCAGGUUGUGCGAGACUGUGUCAAAGCCUGCCUCAACUCCACGUAUGACUACAUCUUCAACAACUGUCAGGAGCUGUAUAGUCGCCAAUAUCCUCAGAUCGGAGACACGCAUAAGGACGAGAGCACCCCAGAAGAUCAGGGCCCGAGCAUCAAAAACUUAGACUUCUGGCCCAAACUCAUUACCCUUAUAGUGUCCAUCAUUGAGGAGGACCGGAACUCCUACACCCCUGUCUUAAACCAGUUUCCUCAGGAACUGAACGUUGGGAAAUUGAGUGCAGAGGUCAUGUGGAAUCAGUUCUCUCAGGAUAUGAAGUACGCCAUGGAAGAACAUGAAAAACACCGGCUGUGUAAAAGUGCAGACUACAUGAACCUGCACUUCAAGGUCAAAUGGCUGUAUAACGAAUACGUGAAGGAUCUGCCAACCUUCAAGGGAGUUGUGCCCGAAUACCCUACGUGGUUCCAACAGUUUGUGCUGCAGUGGCUGGAUGAGAACGAGGAUGUGUCCAUGGAGUUCAUGCAUGGAGCCCUGGAGAGAGAUAAAAAAGAUGGAUUCCAGCAGACAUCAGAGCACGCUCUCUUCUCCUGUUCAGUGGUGGAUGUCUUCACCCAGCUCAACCAGAGCUUUGAGAUCAUCAAGAAACUGGAGUGUCCCGACCCCAAUGUCAUGGCCCUCUACAGCCGCCGGUUCGCCAAGACCAUUGACAAAGUUCUGCUACAGUACAGUGCCAUUUUGAAGAAGAGCUUCCCGUCCUAUUGUGAUAAGGAGAAGAUUCCAUGCGUCUUGAUGAAUAAUGUCCAGCAGUUGCGUGUCCAGCUUGAGAAGAUGUUUGAAUCAAUGGGUGCCAAACAGCUGGAAGAGAGUGAGAAUGAGGAGGACGAGUUACAGGAGGUUUGUUAUUGGGCUCAUCCAUGCUGGAUUCAUAGUUGUGUUUCAUCCGUUACUGUCCUUUUAAUCCAACAAUCGCCCAAGCGCCCCAUUUCAGCCCACAGGCACGCCGCUGUCCCAGUCGUGUCUGAACUGUGUGUGAACUCCCAUCCGUAUCUCAGCCCCUUGAACACUGUGCUGCCCCCUAUGGACAUCUCAGAGGACAAGGUGGCGGUCAGCAGUAAACAGCUGGACACAGAGGCCAGUGACAUCCUGAACGAUCUCCAGGUCAAGCUGAACAACGUCUUGGACGAGCUGAGCAGCACCUUUGGAAACACUUUCCAGAGCCGCAUUGAUGACUGCAUGCGUCAGAUGGCCAGUCUGCUGUACCAGAUCAAGGGUCCAGUGAACGCCAACACACGUAACCAGGUGGAGGCCGACUCUGAUAACAUGCUGCGGCCACUGAUGGACUUCCUGGAUGCAAAUCUGAUGCUGUUUGCCUCAGUGUGUGAGAAAACCGUGCUGAAGCGAGUGCUGAAGGAGCUGUGGAGGAUUGUGAUGAACAGUCUCGAGAAGACCAUCAUCCUUCCUCAGGGCAAUGACACUUUUGGAAGACCUGGAAUGAUCUUUUCAGCGGCUAAAGAACUGAGUCAGCUCUCCAAACUCAAGGAUCACAUGUCUGGUGAAGCUAAAAGCUUGACUCCCAAGCAGUGUGCGGUCAUGGACGUGGCCCUCGAAACCAUAAAGCAAUACUUCCACGCUGGAGGAAAUGGUUUGAAGAAGGCCUUCCUGGAGAAGAGUCCUGAACUGUCCUCGCUGAGACACGCGCUGUCCCUCUAUACCCAGACCACCGACACGCUCAUCAAGACGUUUGUAACUACUCAGCAUGCUCAAGUGCAUAAUGGGAAGGGUAUGAGGAUAACACCUAGUGAGAAAAUACAGCCGUCCAGGGGUAGGUCACCACAGACUCCAUGAGACCCAAAAACCCUCUCACAAAUAACCACAGUCCCCUUCUCCAGAUCCGUUCUUAAAUGUGUUUUGGGUUUAUUUGUGCUCUAGUGUGAUGAAUCUCACAAUCUCCACGCCAUAUUUUUAUCCAAACUUAAAAUAAAGA